AUGGAAGUUAAGAGUGAAAUUAAGAAAGAGGUUCCUGAAUAUUCUCUAUCGACAUCAGUAGAUCUCGAAGUCUUAAAAAAUGAACCAGUGGAUAGUUACCCAGCUAUGGAAGUUAAAGUUGAAAAGGAGGAAGAGUUUGCAGAAUAUGGCCAAAAAUAUAUAGAGAAUCAUCUAUCCACAUCAACAGAUCUUCAACAUUUAAAGAAUGAACCAGUGGAAAAUCAACCAGGUGAGGCAGGAAGUCAAAAGAAAGUGUUGUUACAACAUUUAAAAAUUCAACACAAUGUAUCUCGUUGUAUACAGACUAGUGCAGUUUGCCACAAAUCCCAGUCAGGAAAAUACAAGAUCACAUCGAGAAGAGAUUUUCCGCUAACGUACGAAAUGGCUAAUCCCCCUUGGCAAAUAGCUCACAGAAAAUCUUGGAAUUCAUGGAAUACUUCAAAUGUUGAUGGUGGACUCAGACCUUCAGAAACCGCUGUAGAGGAUGUAUUUAUACGAAAGUUUAUGGUAGGAACCUGGCAAGGACUCUUUGGUAGUGAAGUUAUCAUCAAAAGACAACAUAACAUUAUUAGAAUAGCAGGUAUAAUAUCGAGAGCGAUUACACCAAGAAAAAUGUAUUUUUUAAUAGGUUAUACAGAAGAAUUACUCAGUUUUUGGCUACAGUGUCCAGUGAAACUAGAAUUACAGACAGUGGCUGAUAAAAAGGAUGUUGUUUUUAAGUAUAUUUAAGAAUGUAGCUUAUAUAUUAUAGAUAAUAUAAAUUUUUAAUAGUU